AUGGGUCGGCCCGAGGAAGGCAUGCAAGAAGCUCGCAAUGGUAUUAGAAGGAGAGCAACAUCAACAGAGAGCGACAAAUGCGGGAGGAGACGAAGAGGGAAAGGAAAGACUCAGAAAAGAGAGGAAUCUGGCACUUGGGUGGUAAUAUAG